AUUUGACAGUUCAGUGCGGCUCACUAUAUCGCAAGGACCCCCGCUCUAUGCGAAGUUGCACACAGUGAGCGCAUACUCAGCACCUGUUUUCUCUGUGGCUGGGGAUUCAGUGGGAGGGGUCAGUAUUUGGCAGGGAGCGGCGGAGAGAAGCAUUUCCUAGAUACCGACAGCAACGCGUGCGCUCAUUCUGGUACAUCACUGAAAGGCAAGCAAGAGGAUUUUGCUAUUUCAGAAAACCGACAGGCUGAAAAGGCAUUGUCUUUGGAAAUACGCUCAAUAAAUACACUUAAAGACUUCUUUUGGAUUACAAGAACUGACAUUCGGAAGCAACCAUGACCAGCGCUACGUCCCCGAUCUUGCUGAAAUGGGACCCCAAGAAUCUGGAGAUCCGCACCCUGACUGUGGAGAGGCUGCUGGAGCCCCUGGUCACACAGGUGACCACCCUGGUGAACACCAGCAACAAAGGCCCCUCCAGUAAGAAGAAGGGUCGCUCUAAGAAGGCCCAUGUGCUGGCCAUGUCGGUGGAGCAGGCCACGCAGAACUUCUUGGAGAAAGGAGAGCAGAUCGCCAAGGACAGCCAGGACCUGAAGGAGGAGCUCAUCGCUGCUGUGGAGGAUGUCCGCAAGCAAGGUGAUACAAUGCGUGCGGCCUCCUCAGAGUUUGCAGAUGACCCGUGCUCGUCGGUGAAGCGGGGCACCAUGGUGCGGGCAGCCAGAGCACUCCUGUCGGCUGUCACCCGCCUUCUCAUCCUUGCAGACAUGGCAGAUGUCAUGAGGCUCCUCACACACCUCAAAGUGGUGGAGGAAGCCUUGGAGGGUGUGAAGAACGCCACCAACGAGCAGGACCUGGCCAACCGCUUCAAGGAGUUUGGAAAAGAGAUGGUGAAGCUGAACUACGUGGCGGCGCGCAGACAGCAGGAGCUGAAAGACCCGCACUGCCGCGACGAGAUGGCGGCGGCCCGCGGCGCCCUGAAGAAGAACGCCACCAUGCUGUACACGGCCUCGCAGGCCUUCCUGCGGCACCCCGACGUGGCGGCCACGCGUGCCAACCGAGACUACGUCUUCAAGCAGGUGCAGGAGGCCAUCGGCGGCAUCUCCAGCGCCGCCCAGGCCACCUCCCCCACCGAUGAGAAGCACGGACACACCGGCAUCGGCGAGCUGGCGGCGGCUCUCAACGAGUUCGACAAUAAAAUCAUCCUGGACCCGUUGACGUUCAGCGAGGCUCGUUUCCGUCCGUCCCUGGAGGAGCGUCUGGAGAGCAUCAUCAGCGGCGCCGCCCUCAUGGCCGACUCGUCCUGCACGCGUGACGACCGGCGCGAGCGCAUCGUGGCCGAGUGCAACGCCGUCCGCCAGGCCCUGCAAGACCUGCUGAGCGAGUACAUGAACAAUACUGGUCGUAAAGAGAAAGGAGACCCACUCAACUCAGCCAUUGACAAGAUGACAAAGAAAACCAGAGACUUGCGCCGGCAGCUGAGGAAGGCGGUUAUGGACCACAUCUCUGACUCCUUCCUGGAGACCAAUGUCCCCCUGCUGGUGCUCAUCGAGGCAGCCAAGAGCGGCAAUGAGAAGGAGGUGAAGGAGUACGCGCAGGUGUUCCGCGAGCACGCCAACAAGCUGGUGGAGGUGGCAAACUUGGCCUGCUCCAUCUCCAAUAACGAAGAGGGUGUGAAGCUGGUGCGCAUGGCAGCCACCCAGAUCGACAGUCUGUGCCCACAGGUCAUCAAUGCAGCUCUCACCCUGGCGGCGCGACCCCAGAGUAAAGUCGCCCAGGACAACAUGGAUGUGUUCAAGGACCAGUGGGAGAAGCAGGUGCGCAUCCUCACCGAGGCCGUUGAUGACAUCACUUCCGUAGAUGACUUCCUGUCCGUCUCAGAGAACCACAUCCUGGAGGAUGUAAACAAGUGUGUGAUCGCGCUGCAGGAGGGCGACGUGGACACGCUGGACCGUACCGCGGGGGCCAUCCGAGGCCGCGCAGCCCGCGUCGUGCACAUCAUCAACGCCGAGAUGGAGAACUACGAGCCCGGUGUCUACACCGAGCGUGUACUUGAGUCCAUCAAGCUGCUCUCAGAGACCGUCAUGCCGCGCUUUGCUGAGCAAGUGGAGGUUGCCAUUGAAGCUCUCAGCACCAAUCCCCCUCAGCCAUUUGAGGAGAACGAGUUCAUUGACGCUUCUCGUCUCGUCUACGAUGGCGUGCGUGACAUCAGAAAAGCCGUCCUUAUGAUCAGGACACCAGAGGAGCUGGAGGAUGACUCAGACUUUGAGCAGGAAGAGUAUGACGCCCACAGCCGGACCAGCAUCCAGACCGAAGACGAUCAGCUCAUCGCGGGACAGAGUGCCAGGGCCAUCAUGGCCCAGCUGCCACAGGAGGAGAAAGCCAAGAUCGCCGAGCAGGUGGAGAGCUUCAGACAGGAGAAGAGCAAGCUGGACGCAGAGGUGGCCAAGUGGGACGACAAUGGCAACGACAUCAUCGUGCUGGCCAAGCAGAUGUGCAUGAUCAUGAUGGAGAUGACAGACUUCACCAGAGGCAAAGGGCCCCUGAAGAACUCCUCAGAUGUUAUCAACGCCGCCAAGAAGAUCGCAGAGGCGGGCUCCAGGAUGGAUAAGCUGGCUCGGGCAGUGGCUGAUCAGUGUCCUGACUCGGCAUGUAAGCAGGAUCUGCUGGCAUACCUGCAGAGAAUUGCCCUCUACUGCCACCAGCUGAACAUCUGCAGCAAAGUCAAGGCUGAGGUGCAGAACCUGGGAGGGGAGCUCAUAGUCUCAGGGCUGGACAGUGCCACAUCUCUGAUCCAGGCGGCCAAGAACCUGAUGAAUGCGGUGGUGCUGACCGUCAAGGCCUCCUACGUGGCCUCCACCAAGUACCAGAAGGUGUACGGCACGGCGGCCGUCAACUCCCCCGUGGUGUCCUGGCGCAUGAAGGCCCCGGAGAAGAAGCCCCUGGUGAAGAGGGAGAAGCCCGAGGAGUGCCAGACGCGUGUGCGACGAGGCUCGCAGAAGAAGCACAUCUCGCCUGUGCAGGCCCUCAGUGAGUUCAAGGCCAUGGACUCAUUUUAAGUGGGCACGUCCAAGAAAGUCGGAGGAAGAAACAAGAGCUCCUUCUCCCCCCUUAUCCCUCACAAACAAAAAAAAAGGAAUCAGAACCCUUUUUUUUCAGUUUCUUUGUUUUGGUAACGGCCACUGGUUUUCGUUUUUUUUGCGCUGGGCUGUGGUGCAGUAAGUUCCACGCAUAGCCGUAUUUAUGCCAAAUGAGGUUGGGCUGGCCAUCUUGCCUCGUACUGCUACCCAAGAGGGACAUGAUGGGAUUAUCUCAGAAGCUUCUUCAAAAAAUGUCUAUGGGGAGAGUACAGUUUACAGUUUGGCUUGAAUUAUAUCAAAUACAGUUACUGUGGUAUUUAUCAUGAUUGGUAUUACUACUGACUGGCCAUGUUGCAAUUAUAUGAAUGAAAAUAUUAAUAUAUGGUAUGGUAGUAUCAGCCAUAGCUGUUGAGGAUAUCAGUCAACCGAGCAAAAAAAGGGAAAAAAAAGAAAAAAAAGGGGUUGACGCAUUUCUUCUUAACGUAAUGUUUUGGUUGAAAUACGACCAGUAGUGAUAGAAAUAACUUAUGUUUAAAUAUUUUGUUUCCCUUGUUCCUAAUAUUCAUAAGAUGCUCCAAUACACUGUAGUUUUACCAUGUAAAAAAAUCAUUUAUUUCAACAUUCUCCUGUAUCACUAACUAAUACUGCAACCUGCUGGGACAUAGUGAGCGUACUACAUUUAGAUAUGGACAGGUUUGACUAGUUGUGUGGUUUGCUCAGAGAGUAGAAUCCUGCAUACCUUUGUAUUCACAGUUCUCUAAUAAACCCCUCAACUUGA